GUUGACGGUUGCACUUCUCUGUCGUCUCACACAUCAACAACCACCAUGAUGGGCUCGCAUCCACACCCAGAGUAUCAUCAAGAGGAGGAGACGCUCGACACAGUGGCGCAGGGUGCUGCUCAGGGCGAGGAGACAAGAGACAACGAUGAUGGUGCUGGCGAGGAAGCUGUUGAUGAUGUAACCCAUGAAGAAGAUGACGAAGACGAUGAAGAUAAGGAUGACGAAGAUGAGGACGUCGAUGAUGAUGAUGAUGAGGAUGAUUAUGAUGAAGAUGAUGAUGAAGAUAACGAUGAUGCUGAAGAUGAUAAGGAUGAGGACGAUGACAGCAGCAGGUCUGGUGAGCAUGCGUUUGCAGAUGACAAGGAGCUGGACAUCGACGCGCUGUUGGCAGAGCAGGACGAAGCAGACGCAGAAUGGGAGCAGUACCUGAGCUCCAGACAGCCAGCCAAUGCCGGCACCAUAACCUUCAAAAUGAUUGUGGACAGGAACCUGCCCAAGCAGACCGCAGCACAGCACCCAAGGCCGUUGGACGAGACGGCAGAGGAGCUGCUUGGUCUCACGCGCAUUCGCCUUGACAACGAAGGCAUCGCCAAGAUUGACAACCUGGAAUGCCUUGGCCCAAACGUCACCAGCCUGUAUCUGCACAACAACCACAUCACGCGUCUGGAGAACCUCGAUUGCUUGCUCUCCCUCAAAUCCCUGGUCGUUUCUCACAACUCCAUCGACACAUGGACAGACAUCAGCCACUUGCGCAACUUGAAACUGCUGGACCUGCGGUUCAACGACCUGCGCACGCUUCCGCCUCAGCCUGACUUGCUGCCCUCAAGCCUUUCCAUCCUCCAACUUGAAGGCAACCCAUGCUCCCUCAAUCCACAGUAUAGGGCGAGCGUGGCGCGCAUGUAUCCGCACUUGAAGCUCCUGGACGAGGAGCCCUUGGCAACCGCACCAUCCUCCUCCUCAACAACAACGGCACCAGUGACACCGUCUGCGUCGUCACCAUCUGAUGAGACAGCACAGGCGGCAGAAGACACCAUGACCCCUGGUGAUGCUACUCAUGUAACUGCCACCGAUACAACAACCUCAGCACCAGCACCAGCACCAGCACCAGCGCCUGCUGUGUCAUCAUCGUCGCCCUCGUCGUCCUCAUCAACAGCAGCGGGAAAGGUGCCGACCAAGCCAUCCCUGCCAAAGCAGGGCUCGCACGCAUACGCACAGCGCCGCUUGAAGCGGCUAGCGUCGCUUGUUGAGGAGAAGAAGAAAGAUCUCACAAAGACGACAGCCACGGCGCGGAACCAGGCUAGGCGUGCACGCAAGCCGAGCGGAAACAGCGCACACGGCGACAAUGCAAGACAAGCAUCAGCUGGCCGCGCCCGUGCUGGUGGUCGUGGUGGUUCUGCCAACAAUGAUGAUGACGAUGAUGAUGAUGAUGAUGAUGACAUUGAUGUUGACGGUGUGACGCUCGACUCCGUUGUGCGUGCUGCUCUUGAUUCUACGGCGACAGCAACGCAGCAAAUCUACGACGCGGCGCUGAAACCGCUGCACGAAAUGCGACAAGAGAUUGCGUCGCGCUCGCGUGCACGACAGCAGCAGCUGUGGCAAGACUUUGAGGAGCGAGUUGGGGAGAUUGAAGGGCUGCGGCAGGAACAGGUGGCGCUGACGAAGGCCGUCUCGUCCGACACAACCCGCCCGGCAACCGCUGGUGGCGACUUGAACCCAUCGCAGACACACGCGUUUCUGCAGCAGGGCACAGCCGCACGCAAUGCACUCGCUGCGCGCGCACACGCGGCUGAAGGCGGACACAGCCCAUCAACCCCAACAAACACUGGUGAUGGUGAUGGUGGCGAUGGUGGCGAUGGUGGUGAUGGUGAUGCGGCGGCUGCCAUUCGUGGGAUUGUGGCGACGACGACGCAACAGGCGCGGGCGCGGGUGGCGAAGGAGGGCGGUGGCGGUGGCGGUGGGAAGAACAAGUACGCGCUCGGUGCACGCAGACGUCGGGGAAAUGACGAUGGCGGUGGUGCUGGCAGUGGUGGGAAGGAACAGGUGGCGGUGGGGCACGGAGAGGAAGCAGCCGGUGCUGUUGGCGACAGCGUGUUGGAAGACACGCAAGCAGGCGCAACCACACACAAGGAACGUGAGAGCACGAAGAUGGAACCACACCAGCCACCGCACCAACAACAACAACAGCAGCAGCAGCAGCAGCAGCAGCAGCAGCAACAACAACAACAACAACAACAACAACAAUCUGGGGACGGUGCCGUUGCGAUGCGUGCGUCCCAUGCACGUGUGCAACUCACGAAGAAGCCCGUGCUACCGGACAUUCCGUCCUCCGCGCCAUCCUCAGACCAAACGCAGCAGCAGCAGCAGCAGCAGCAGGAAGGAGGACAGCACACGCGUGCACAGUCAUCGGCGAUUGGCGACCGCGCACGUGCGUCCAGCGCAACUCUCUCGCGGCCCACAACAUCCUCCUCAAUCGCAUCAUCAGCAGCGUCAUCAUCGGCAGCGUCGACGACGGUGCGUGUGCGGAGUGCGGGAUCCGCUGGUGCUGGUGGCGGAGGAAAGCGGCGACCACGGCGAAUGGGGACGGGGCCGCGCAAGGUGACGUCGAUUCGCCUCCAGCCGCUCAGCAAGGACCAGCACAACGGUGCACCCGAUGCAGCGCAGUAG